GGGAGCUGCUGCCAGUUCAGUCUCAUCUGUGAUGUAAGAAGAGACUUUAGGUGUCUGCGCCGAUCGCCUGACUUUUCCCGUCGCUUCUCGCGGGCUGCUUCUCUCUCCGCCGCCGCCGCCGGCUGGCUGGCUGCGCUGCGCUGUGCUGCGCUGCUCGUCCCGAGCCGAGUCCAGGCUGCCCUUCUUCGCCCCUGCCGCCCUCCACUGCCCGGCUUGAGCCGGCGGCGCGCGCUCCCGUCCCCGCUCGCCUGGACAGAGCGCAUCGCCCGCUCCUCUCCCGGCUCAGCCGCGAGGUGCGCAGGCAUGGAGGAGGAGGAGUGCAGGGUGCUCUCCAUCCAGAGCCAUGUCGUGCGCGGCUACGUGGGCAACAAGGCGGCGACGUUCCCCCUGCAGGUUUUGGGCUUUGAAAUAGAUACUGUGAAUUCUGUCCAAUUUUCAAAUCAUACAGGCUAUGAUCACUGGAAGGGACAGGUGUUAAACUCAGAUGAACUGCAUGAACUGUAUGAAGGACUGAAGCUGAACAAUGUCAACCAUUAUGACUAUGUACUUACUGGCUACACAAGAGACAAAUCAUUUCUUGCAAUGGUGGUUGAUAUUGUUCAAGAGCUAAAACAGCAGAACUCUAAUCUAGUGUAUGUGUGUGAUCCUGUGAUGGGUGACAAAUGGAGUGGAGAAGGAUAUAUGUAUGUUCCAAAGGAUCUCCUUCCAGUCUAUAAAGACAAGGUUGUGCCCGUAGCAGAUAUAAUUACACCUAAUCAGUUUGAGGCCGAGCUACUUACAGGCAGGAAGAUACACACUGAAAAAGAAGCUAUAGAGGUAAUGGAUAUGCUUCACAAUAUGGGACCAGAAACGGUUGUAAUCACCAGCUCAGACCUACAAGCACCUUCAGGAAAUGAUUACCUGAUAGCAUUAGGAAGCCACAGGAAAACUGCAGCAGAUGGUAGUACAGUGACUCAGAGGAUCCGAAUGGAAUCUCCUAAAGUAGAUGCUGUCUUUGUUGGAACUGGAGACCUCUUUGCUGCUAUGCUCUUGGCCUGGACCCACAAACAUCCAGACAAUCUUAAGGUGGCUUGUGAAAAGACUGUGUCAGCCAUGCAGCAUGUUUUGCAGAGGACCAUCAAGAGUGCAAAGGCCCAAGCUGGAGAAGGAAACAAGCCUAAUUCAGCCCAGCUGGAACUGAGGAUGGUCCAAAGCAAAAAGGACAUAGAAAACCCAGAGAUAAUAAUUAAAGCUACUGUGUUAUAAAGAUCAUCAUUUUCUUGGACCUCUCUAGAAAAUGGGAUUCCUGCAAAAGUGCUACCAUUAACACUUGUGACUCUUGAAGCCCCAACGUGCAGAAUGUGGAUUCUGUUGUUAGAAUUGUAAGAGUUCUCUCUUUCAUUUAUUUAAAACACCUAGUUUUUAACUUAAUCCUCAUGGUUGUUGAUGCAGGUCUGAUGGUCAGCUCUUCUUGUGGUCCUAAGUAUCAGGCAUGCUUCCCACCUUUGCUUUAUAUUAGGGAUGUGCCUGUCAAGGAUUUUCCCUUAGAAAAGUUUUUUUCCACUAGUUUCAGAUAAACAUGAUGGAUGUGGGGGGAUAUAUUUACAGGGUAUGAAAGGAUUCUUCAAGCCAGGAACAGCUGACAGGUGUUUACAUUGUCUAGCCCCUUGCCUGCAGAGUGAAUUGAAGUGUAAAUUAAACUAGCACAGCAUUGAUAUUUUUCAGAAAAUACAUUGGUCAAGCAUCCCUUACAAGUUCAACCGCAUCCUUCCAAAACAGACCUUUUCUAGACAAGUCUUUUAUUUUGUGUUUACCAUUCCUCACUCAUGGUGCUUUAGAUAAAAUGGUUCCCCUCCCAUUUUACAUCUGUAUUUUAAAAGCACUUCAUUGGGAUGGAGAGUGACUGGUGGCAGGAAAAAUCCAUAUUUUGGGGCAUUGCAAAGCAAACUAAAAUUACCACUGAUUAUUAAUGCAUUGUUCUGCUAUACCAAGUGCCACCUACAAGUAAUACAGUCUUGCUACCAUAGAAAACAAUUCCUGGGGUGUUUUUUGGAAGCCUAACAUCAUAGUGAGACCUACUUUUUCCUGUUCAUAUUGUUCAUAAUUAAUUUCAGACUCAAUUGAAACCUAUUUCUUGAACCUUACUGUUUUUAACAGCUUUGAAGAAAAUAGUGGCCAUAAUUUUAGCAAAACUGAGUAAAAUAAAUACUGUAAAUAUUCACAAAAUGAUUUAAAAAAUUUCCUGGGUUUUCUACAGUUUGUCAGCUCUGACAUAUCCUGCAGUUUAAAACAACAACAACAACAACAUCCAGUCUAUUUAAAUAUGGGGAAUAAUAUAACAUUAAUUUGCCAAACACUGCUGCAACUAUCUUUAGCCAUGAUCCUUGUGAAAUAACAUUUAAGCAGUAGAAAUGUGUGUGGUAUGAUAAAGCUUUUCCAUAUGCUGCUGCUUCCAAUGAUGAUGAAGAUGACUUCUAGAGCAGCUGUAAACAACUAUGGGUGAAGAAUGGUGAACACACAAUAAAAGCCUCAUUUAGAGAAGCUCCCAGUCUCCCAUUGCAUGAGAUUCCUGCCCUGUCAUGUUUAUAGAGCUAAAGAAAACAGUCUCUUAGAUCAACAGCUGCAAUUUUUGCUUAGUAUUAACUUUUCUAGUUUCAUACAAUGUACACUACCAUUUAUUAAGAACAACAUUCAAUAUUAGGGAUAGUUUGAAUUGGAGAGAUGUAACUGUUGAGCAAAACAUAGCUGCACUGAGAGACUUCCAAAACACGAAUGCAUUAUGUCUGUCAACUGCAUGCAGUCAUUUAAUGGCAGCUCAGAACACUCCAAGGAUUAGUUUCAUUUUACUUACCACAUUCCAUAACAGUUCUAGCCAUUCGAGAAGCUUGGAAAUAAACUGUCACAAUCACUGCUUGCCUUCUUUAUGAUUGGAAGUGUGGUAGUGGUACAACACCAGUAAACUGGCAGCAAUAGAAUAUUCAGGUUCUUCAUGUCUCACAGGAAAACAAAUCUCUUGAAAGCUAUUUGCUAUCAGUUGAGCUUUCUUGGACUGGAUUAAUUAAGCUCCUUCAGCAUCAUCUCCUUCAGUCUGUUAGGACUACAGUAUGUUCAACACAAUUGAACAUAUGGAAAGUGACAAUAAACAGUUCAAUUACAAAUCUUUUUAAAACAAAUAAAGUAAUGAAGGAUUAAUUUUUCGUUAGCAAUUUAUUUUUAUAUAUGACACCUUUGCAGAUGCCUUUUCCCAUAGAAUAAUGGCAAUGACUGUAACCUGAACCAGGAGUUCAGUUAGAUUGGAGAAAAGCAAAACAAUCCCUCUUAGAGAAAAGAAAAGCAAUUCUGUCCCCCAAAUCAACCUCAGACUUGUAGCAUAAGUUGGACAAAUGGCCAAUUAAAUAUGCUUAGGGAAAAAUGCAACUUUUUAAAAAUUGUAAGCUUUCUUGAGAUAAAUAUCAUUGAUCUUGAUUUUUGAAUGCAUUCUGACUGAUUUUUAUCACUCCCUGAUUUUGAGUGAGGUCUGUGCUGUUACCACUAUAGAGUCAUUAAAGAAAACUUUUUUAAUUUUAUAAUGUUAUUGUAAUCUAUUUAUAAUUGCUGUAGUAUUUGAGACAUGUAAUAUGCUUUAAGCAUCACUUAUUUCUUUAUUUCUCUCCCCAGACAAGAAUUUGCAUAAACUUAGAUUAUCUAUCAAAUACUUCCCUUUUAUCUGGGUUUUUUUUCCGAUGUAAAAGCGCGCACUCUCACACACACACACACACACACACACACAUUCCAAAAAAAUUUUUUUUCAUCCAUGAUGCAUAGGCUAGACCUGGGCUAGCUAUCCCAGAGAACCAAGCUGAAAACAAAACAGAUGAGUUAAAAUAGAUCACUGUUUGACUAUAAUGGUGGCAUGGGCGUAAACAUCCUGGCAGAUAGUACUAAGUUAAGUAAAUACUACAGUGGUUUUUUAUUGUCUUAACAAAAUGGAAAGCUUGUGUUACCAUAUAUUGUAGCUCAUGUGUGUUUUAAUUCAAUUUUGUGAAUAUCUUUUCAGUGUACCUGUGCAGCUGUUUUUGAUUAUUGUGGUUUCAAUUCUUUGUGGGGCAUAAGGGCCUAACUUCAUAUUACAUGCAAAUGCAUGUAAAGGAGUUCUGAUGGCAUUCGUAUUUAAAGAAGAAUGGCUUUCAGAGGAGGUGAUUUGAGCACAGAAAUGGUGGACAGCAAGAGAAAAGAGUUUGGUACUCCCCUCCACUGCUUCACUCAAAAUCAUGUCUUUCUGAUGCUAAUUUUCUUUAAAAAUGUAUAGCAAUGAGCAUCUGUACAGCAUUUGCAUAUAAUGUAUAAUUAGCCCCUAGCAGGACCAAAACUCAUGUAAAAUGACGUAUCUUCUGAGCUUAAAUCCAGCUUUUAUGUACCAUAACUCUUUCUGACAUCCUUGCACAUAAUGACGUUUAGGGAAAUAAAUAGAAAUUGUUGUUUGUGAAAUUUUAUUCACUCUUGCUUUUAACAUGCUUUUAAGGAGCAUAUAUAUUGAAAACGAUUAAGUUUUAGGUAUUUAUUUGCCAAAUUGCAUUCAAAAUGCAAGAAAUCUGUAAUCAGCGCAAUACUUAAAGAAUUUAGAGGACCAAGAUUUCUAGCUAAAGAUACUGCCUUGUUAAGAGUAACCUUAUACGUAUCUUGAUUGGAUGGUGUUAAUUCAUUGUCUGUCUGGUACUGUUGCAGUGAUUGUACUAGUCUCUUAAUUUACAAUAUGUGGCAAGAAAGAUUGUAAUAAACUAUCUAUGUUUAAUAACACUGUGCAUAACUAUGUUUAGAUUUUGUUUUUAAUAUGUUGAGCCACUUCAGAAUUAAACAAAACAGUAACAGUUUGGUAGUGUUACUGAAUCAGGUGGCCUUUUAUAUUAAGGUUUUAUCCUUAGUUGAUGUGAACUCUUGUUGACCGAGGGGCAGAACUCACACAAGAAAAUCAAGAAGCACCAAAAGAAAGUUCAUACAAAUGGCCAAAACUGCCCUGGAGUGAGCAUCUUCACUCUGAAGUCCCUUGGUCAUCUGUAUCAGGCAAUCAAGGCAAUCAAGGCAACACACAUCAAGUACAGGCAAAUUGGGUGGUAGAAUACAUGACAAAAUGGUUGUCUAUGUGCAUGGCAAAAUUCAUACUUUGACAAAGACACGUUGAGAGGUCUUCUUCUGGAACAUUAAUAUAUCAGAGAUGGGAAUUAGUUAGGCAACAGGUUUUAAUUCUCUUUCAGGGAAUGAAAGUUACUGAUUUGGUGAGUGAACAAAAUGUCAGGUCUCUAUAAGAUGGUUUUUUCAGCAGAGAAGUCUACAGCCCAUAGUCUGUCAUGGCUAGAGAUGUAAUUCAUCAAAGCUUGACACUAAAUCAAAUGACUUUUGCCUUCUCAUUUGGUACCCGAAUGGUUGAGGAGGAAGUGUAUUGAUGAUGCUGGAGAUUUGGCUAUAUAAAUAGAUGAUCUCCACUCAGGAACCUCCAGUGGGGUGAGAGUACUAGAGCCAGAGACAGCAACAAAUUGAUAGAACCCAACAGUCCUCUGUACUUAGGGGUCCCUCAUCUUGUGGCUCUUGAACCUUGAGUAGUGUGAACCACUUAUAAUUAUAUAAUCUGCAGCUGGUGUAACCAUGGCCUAUUUCCUUCUCGCCAAACAGAACCUAGUUAUAGUUACCCCCUAGUCCAUUGUUUUCUUGAAAAUACAGUUCUUCACAAGGCAGUCUGAUUUUGAAUAUUUAUCGAGCUACGGCUGCAGUCCAAGAGCUUUUUGCUUCUUCGUUCUACAAGAAACACAUUGUUGACUUAAGUGCUGUACUGCCUGUGAUGAGACUGUGCAGUUGACAGAUCAGCUGCAUGGAAAAAAAGAGUACUGAACUUGCUCUGUUAAGGAUUCUACAUAUGCAAAUGCAUUUGUGCCUUGGUAAUGUCUCAAGACAUUUAAGAAGUGCAAAGUAAAGUCUCUAAUCAAAAUAUAAAGAGAGGGUUUUGAAGAUGGUGCUUAUGGGGGAAUUGGUAAAAUGCAAAAGAAAAGAAACAAAUCACUCAUUUAUUUCGUUUGAAAUUAAAGGAGGCUGUCUCGAGGAGUGGAAUAUGUUGACUUUGUAGUUUCUAAGAAUCAUCCCACUCCUUUUCUGCAGUUUUCCAAAAUUCUAGUCCCAGGCCUAAAAGAUGCCACACAAAGACAACUGGUAUCUAGUAUUCCAAGCUUGCUGGCACUAGGCAUGUACUUUUCCAAGCAAGGAUGUAUUUUUGAACUGGAGACUUUCAUUAAAAGCCAUAGUUUGGGUGCAAAACUCUGUCCUUGCACAACAUAAAACAAAGGAUCACACUGAAGGUACUGCUAACCAUAAAAAAUAGUGUGCCAUAUGUUAAUAAGUGGAAAUCACAUGUAUAAUUUACAUACUGCCUUUUCAGGGCAUUGCUACUUAGGAUAGUAAUUGUAUCUAAAAGAAUGUGGCAUGUAUACACUUGUUUUGAAGUUCUAGUUACACUGGGGUAGAAAUAGAAUUUGAGGGCUGGCAGUGCAGGCCUUCAGAAAGGGAAAUAAAAGUAUAUAUUUUUAUAGACAGUUUUAUGAUUUUAGGACUCAGUUGUGCCACAUUAGCCUCUUCCAGGAAUGUAAAGUUGCAAGACUGGAUAGAAGAGGGUGGCUGAAGAAAUAAGAAAGAUAGUUCAAUCAGUCCCAACAGCCCUAGAUGGAUUUAAUUAAUGAAGAUGCCUUUGAAAAUAUAUUUUUAGCUCUAAAAUGUUAAAUGGAGAAAUAUUUACAAGCAAACUUUCUAUGUAUUUAACAUUUGUGCAAUGCUUUGUAUUAGAGAAAUCAAUCUGUUACAUGUUUAUACCUCUUAUUAAUUGUUCUUGAGUUGUAGGGACAAAAAGUAGAAACGUUGUUUUAUGCCAGAAAAAAAUUGUGUGGUAUGUAACUAUGUAUAAUGUCAGUGGCCACUGUCCCAAUGAAAAUGUUUGUAUAUUUCUGGUUUGGCACAUGUGACUUUUAUCCAUUUUGUAGUAAAGUUUACAUGCUAAAGUAUGUAGGAAGAUGAUAAUAAAGUCAAUGAACUACCUAA